AUGUUGAGAAAGGUUCCUUUCCUAUCGAGACUGUUCUCGUCGACCUAUUCCGGCUAUCGUAGCCUGAAGCCUUCGCGACCGUUCCUGUCGGCUUCCACACGCCGUGGUUGCUACCGCCGCCUGCUGUUCCGCCGCUGGUGCCUUCGCCUCCAUGCCGCCGCAGGUAUCAUUGUUGCACUUAUCGUCCUAACGUCCAUCUUCCGACCAUCGUAUACUCGGCUGCCGCCACAUUAUUCGUCUCUUCAGGAUGCAGUGUCGCAAUCGACUGAACCCGGCCGUGGAAACCCCCGCAACGAGAAAGUCUUCAUCGCUGCGAGCUUGUACGACCGCGAUGGCGACCUGGCGCAGGGACACUGGGGGGAUAGUGUGUUACGGCUAAUUGAUCUGCUCGGGCCAGAUAAUGUCUUCUUGAGUAUCUAUGAGAAUGACAGCGGCGCGGAGGGCGAGCGGGCGCUUCGCGGCCUGGAGACACAGGUCACAUGCAAGAAAUCCAUCGUAUUCGAAGAGCAUCUCGACCUAGAGUCUCUUGCAAAGGUUGUGGCGCCCGAUGGGUCAAGGAGAACGAAACGGAUCGAAUACUUGGCUGAAAUUCGAAACCGAGCACUACGGCCUUUGAACGAUCAGCAUGAGGUGCAAUACGAUAGACUUCUGUACUUGAAUGAUGUUGCCUUCAACCCAGUCGACGCACUUCACCUUUUGUUCUCUACAAAUGUCGCGGACGACGGCAUUUCUCACUAUCGCGCAGCCUGUGCUAUCGAUUUUAUCAAUCCUUUCAAGUUCUAUGACACUUACGCGACACGGGACUUGCAGGGUUACAGCAUGGGGCUCCCUAUCUUCCCUUGGUUUUCAACUGCGGGAGAAGGUCAAAGUCGACAGGAUGUGUUAUCAGGGAAAGAUGCCGUGCGGGUUCGCAGUUGCUGGUCAGGCAUGGUGGCUUUUGAUGCUCGGUUCUUUCAGCAAUCUCCGAUGCACCACAGCUAUAAGGGCGUUGAAACACCGGCUCAGUUUCGUGCUUCACACGAAUUGUUCUGGGAAGCAUCUGAGUGCUGCCUCAUCCACGCCGACAUUCAGGAAUCUCUGGCGAAUGGGGAAGACAGUGGCAUUUAUAUGAACCCAUAUGUCCGUGUCGCAUAUGAUCCCCAAACUCUCGCUUGGCUUGGUACAACUCGACGUUUUGAGAGACUGUACUCCUUGAUCCAAAAUCUGAUCAGUCGCCUUGCUGGACUACCGUGGUUCAAUCCUCGCCGGGAUGAGAUUCCGGGACAAAAUGUACAACAGACAGUCUGGGUUCCAGACGAAAAAAAGGACGGCAGUGGCUCGUUCCAGACAGUUGAUAGGGUUGCAGGGAAGGACGGCUUUUGUGGACGCCCAGGGCUUCAGGUAAUUGUUGAGCAUCGCGAAGAGGGACAAAAGGGGUGGGAAACCAUCCCGAUGCCCUUCCUCCUCCGCCCUGCACUUUGUAACCAUCACUCCUUUGGAGACAUGGAGUUCGCCAACCGUGUCACAGGAGUUAUCUACGGGGUGCUUGAUUCUCUUAUGGAUCGGGCGACCUUGGCCAGCCUUGAGGAAAGCCAGCAUGCCCCGAAAGCUGCGAAGUGGCCGACAGUGAAGGGCUCUCGUCUCCAUCCGGUCUGUCUUACUCUUCCUUCUCGACUUCCUCCAGCCUCGCUUGUUUCAAAAUUCGCGCUCUGCUUCCCGCCUGCUCCAGUUCCAGCUUCUCAAAUCUCACCUGGCAACCGGCGGCCCUCCCUCGUUGAGUCUGUCAACGCACUCAAAGCGUCUUCUCAUUCACCCUUCACCCCUCCCUCCUCGCGAUCCCCUUCCACCGAACUCCCAAACACUUCUCCUAGCUUGUUUACCCAACAAACCACCACCGAAGAGAAAGACAACCAAGCAGCAAACAUGUAUCCCGUCGCUGACGUGGACGACACCGCCGGCUUUAUGGCUGCUGCGCGCGCCUGGAAGCCGGAGAGAGAGUACUUCACCUCGUCCGCUCAGGCUGGGGAUGUGUCGAGUGACAAGCAAGGUGGUGAAGAUCAUUCCGCCAACGCGUCUGACUACAACGCGACUGCUGGCGAUGACGACUUCGUUGGUAUCCCCGGUGACGAUGCUUUCGACGGAUUCGCUCCCCCCAAGUCUGAUGCUGGAGACUUUGAAGCCGGACUCGAGACUCAGAAGUCGGUCACCGAUUGGGAUGGAGCUGACAAUACUGUGAAGCAGCAGCAGCAGCAGGAGGAGAAUCAGCGUGUUACUGUUGCCCAGACCCCCUCAGAGGAGGAAGAUCGCGAGAAACUCACUACCUUCAAAUCUUGGGGUGCUCCCGCUCCUCGGGACAAGCCCGCUGCUCGCAUUCGUCGUGCGAUCAUCAAGGGCCUUCCCACUGCCUGGUGUAGCCCCGCCAAGGUCCUUUCGCUUGUGCACGGGGGUGCCAUUGACAGCAUCAACGUGACUUCCUCUGGCACCGCUCACAUCCUGUUCUGUGAGGCCGAUGCCUGUAAGGCGUUCUAUGACAAAUACCCCAACGGCAUCACUCUGGACCGGGAGAAGAAGCUCGCCGUGUUUGUGGAGAUGGGCCAGGAGGUUGACGUGGUCAGCUCCAGUCUCAGCUUCAGUCUCUCCGUCGGGGCCACCCGUGUUGUCCGUGCUGUCGGAGCCCAGAUGGAUGUCAGUAUGGAGCAGUUGAUCAAGCUGGCGACCUCCAAGAACGGCAAGCUCGAGAAGAUGAUCGACACCUUCAUCCCCGGCGAAGCCCGCAGCAUCGUGUUCCGUUUCUGCAGUGUCGACGACGCCGUCCGUUUCCGUGCCGCCUUCGCCCGCGAGAUCGAAUUCGAGCAGUGCAACGUUCAGUACGCGGCUGAUCCAUGCGAGGCUGCGACUGGCUACCAUGUGGACUAG